AUGUAUCGAGCCUGGGUGGGGACAUGGAAACCCCAUCGCCCGCGGGGCCCCGUAAUGGCCCAGUUCACUGGCCCGGGACCCAAGUACUCAAUCCCAGGGACAACAGGUUACCUGAAACAUGACCCCACCAAAAAGCAAGCCCCUGCCUACUCAUUCAGCGGGGCGAAACCUCCCGUGAAAGAGGGCUGCUCUCCAGGCCCUUGCUACUACGUGGAGCCCUCCGUGACCAAGACGGGCAAGUACGUUGCUCCAGGAUAUGUUAUGAGCGGCCGUCCCAAGGUGACCGUGGAGGUCACGCCGGGGCCCGGAGACUAUUUCCUGGAGAAGUCAAAGAAACACAUCUAUAAAUGUGCUCCUGCACACUCCAUGUCCUUCAGGCCCAACAUGGCCAGCGUGGACAUCACUCCAGGCCCUGGUGACUACACAAUCCCGAGGGUGCUGGGACCGAACACAGCCUACACAACUGCCAGCCCGUGCUAUUCCAUGAGGUGGAGAACUAAAUUUGGUCUCUUUGAGGAAGACCUCUGUAAAACUCCAGGGCCUGCUGCGUACCGGAAGACAGAACUGGAUGUGUAUAAACCGAGAGCUCCCAAGUACACUAUGAGAACCCAAAACAAACCUAUAGGAGACAAAACUGUAAAACCAGGGCCUGCAGACUACUGCAUAGGAAAGGUGACGCUGACGAAGCCGCAAGCCCCCGCGAUCACCUUCGGCAUCCGGCAUUCGAAGUACACGGCCCCCCUGAUCCUGGACAGCUGA